UUGUUUAUAAACAAUUUUUAAUGUAUUAAUAAUGAAUCUAAGUGCUAUUUUUUAUCGCAAGUGUAAAUAAAGUGUGUGCUAUUAACGAAGCCUGGUUGUUAUGUUAAUUAAUUAAUGUUGAAGAUGCUUGUGGGGUUAUCGUCAUGAUGUUGAUGGACAGUAAACAAACGCGAUCAAGAGGUUAGGCCGUAAUGGUUUGAAUUUUAGUUUUAAGUAUGCGCUUGGUCAAGCAGAGUAACACCUCACACUAUCAGAAGACACAAGUAACAAGCCAAGAUGAAUGAAGGAGAAUCCAUGUAUGGGACGACUCUGUCCUCAGAGUCGAUGAAAGUUAUUGCCGAGAGCAUUGGCAUUGGAAACUUGCCGGAUGAAGCUGCCAAAGAUUUAGCCGAGGAUGUCAGUUACAGAUUGAAGGAAAUCGUUCAGGAUGCUACAAAAUUCAUGAGACAUGGUAGACGGCAAAAGUUAACGGCGCACGACAUCGACCAUGCCUUGAAGGCUAAAAACGUUGAGCCCACUUAUGGAUUUUUUGCUAAAGAACACAUUCCGUUUCGCUUCACGUCAGGUGGUGGCAGGGAGUUACACUUUAUAGAAGACAAGGAAAUCGACUUGAAUGAAAUGAUUUCCUCGGCGAGCGGGCCAAACUGGCCAAAGCUGCCUCUGGAGACAACCUUACGAGCUCAUUGGUUGUGCAUCGAUGGCAUUCAGCCUACGAUACCGGAAAAUCCGCCACCCGUCUCUAAAGAAGCGCAAAAGACCGAGAGUGUGGACCCAAUAAGCACCAAGAACAAUCAAGCCAAUUUGGGAAAACCCGGCAAUAAGGGUCAUAAGCUGCGCAACGUCGAAACAGUACACGUCAAGCAGCUUGCCACGCACGAGUUGAGCGUGGAGCAGCAGCUAUAUUAUAAGGAAAUCACAGAGGCUUGCGUAGGCUCCGACGAGGGAAGACGCCUGGAAGCCUUCCAGUCGCUCUCUGCCGACCCCGGUCUUCACGAGAUGCUACCUCGUAUGUGUACAUUCAUUGCGGAAGGUGUGAGAAUAAAUGUGGUACAGAAUAAUCUCGCUAUUCUCAUCUACCUGAUGCGGAUGGUCAAAGCUUUGCUUGAUAAUCCGAGCCUUUAUCUAGAAAAAUACCUUCACGAACUGAUACCGUCAGUCGUGACCUGCAUUGUAUCAAAGCAAUUGUGUUCCCGUCCAGAGCAAGAUAAUCACUAUGCCUUGCGAGACUUUGCGUCACGUCUUAUGGCGCAAAUUUGUAAAAACUUCAAUACUACCACGAAUAAUAUUCAAACAAGAGUUACAAGAAUCUUUAGCCAAGCAUUGGCUAAAAACACUCAAACACCAUUCGCCUCACUGUAUGGUGUUAUUCACGGGCUCUGCGAAUUAGGACCGGAAGUGAUAAAGGCGCUAGUUAUACCUAAAAUAAAAAUCAUCUCCGAUCGCAUUGAGAUGUGCAUCGAGGGAUCGAGUUUUACCAAUGUAGAUAAGGAUGCCGCUGGGCGUAUAAAAACCGUAGUAGUGAAAAAUGUCGCGCCUAUUUUGAAGACGAUGCGGUCGCCACCAGAUUAUCUAGAGGAAUUCAAACAGGAGUACGGUUACAUAGGACCGGCUUUGUGCACGGCUGUUACCAAAGCUCGAACUCAACCGAUUUCAGUAGUCACCACUGCAGCUUUGACCAAUAAUACGAGUCAACAGCAAAAUACCGUCACUACUGCUAAAACGAUAACACAGCCAGUCGUCUUGGGAGCUACGAAAACGCUGACGUCAACGGCUAGUGGCCAAAAAUACGUGAUUGUACAGACGAAAUCACAGACGCCUACCGUUCAGCAGACACCGCAAGUUCAGGUGCAGCAGGUACCGGUACAUGCGCAAGCGCAACAGGUUCACGUUCAACCUAAACCAGCCCAAGCCACAAAAAUCGUGGUUGUGUGCAUGCCAAACGCGAGUCACGCACAGACGACUGUCACGCAGUCAAAUUUUUCAUCCAAGUCUCAAGUAUUUGUGACCCAGAGUACCACGGAGCAGCUCUCAAACAACAACAACCAGAUGGAAGAAUAAAAUUUAUCUCAUCA